UGUUGAAACACGCCCCUGAGCAUCACGGAAGUGCGUGCAAGUAAUGUCAUAUGACUUGUUCAGAACGAGAAAUAAAAUGUUGCUAAUCCGUGGAUAAAAGUGGACCUAAACGGUGAAUGAUAUCCAAAGCAAACACGGAGGAUACUUAAUACCAGCCUACUAGCUGCAUACUAGCCUUCGUCUUCUUGUAUCCACAGAAAUGGAGGAGAUAAGAAUAUCUCCUGAUUACAACUGGUUCAGAAGCACAGUGCCACUGAAGAAAAUUAUAGUGGACGACGAUGACAGCAAGGUGUGGUCCUUGUAUGACGCAGGCCCAAAGAGCAUCAGGUGUCCCAUCAUAUUCCUUCCCCCUGUGAGUGGGACAGCAGAGGUGUUCUUCCAGCAGGUCUUAGCCCUGACAGGCUGGGGCUACAGAGUCAUCUCACUGCAGUAUCCUGUGUAUUGGGAUCUCUUGGAGUUUUGUGAUGGAUUCCGGAAGCUUCUCGAUCACUUGCAAUUGGACAAGGUCCAUCUAUUUGGUGCUUCUCUGGGCGGCUUCCUGGCCCAGAAGUUUGCCGAGCACACACACAAGUCUCCCAGAGUCCACUCUCUGAUCCUGUGCAACUCCUUCAGUGACACCUCUAUCUUCAACCAGACAUUGACAGCCAACAGUUUUUGGUUGAUGCCCGCCUUCAUGUUGAAGAAGAUUGUCCUGGGGAACUUCGCUAAAGGACCUGUCGACUCCAAGAUGGCCGACGCAAUCGACUUUAUGGUCGACAGACUGGAGAGCCUGAACCAGGGUGAGCUAGCCUCCAGACUAACACUCAACUGUCAGAACUCCUACGUGGAGCCUCACAAGAUAAAGGACCUGGCCGUUACCAUUAUGGAUGUGUUCGACCAGAGUGCCCUGUCACACGAGGCGAAAGAGGAAAUGUAUAAGCUGUAUCCAAAUGCCAGACGGGCUCACCUCAAAACAGGUGGAAACUUCCCCUACCUGUGUAGGAGUGCUGAGGUCAACCUGUACAUACAGAUUCACCUGCGGCAGUUCCACGGGACGCGGUACGCCGCCAUCAACUCGGACAUGGUGAGCGCCGAGGAGCUGGAGGUGCAGAAGAGCCACCUGGUGAAUAGCGCCAACGACCAAUGACGUGACUAUGUUACCUAGCACCCUCUCCUCUCUCCCAGCUCUGACCGACAGGCCAGAACCAUAGAAUUGGAUUGGCUGAUUCUGAUUCUGUGGGGCAGAACUAUGGGAACUACGUUUCCCUGACCAGCAAAACAGCCAAGAAAAUGUCAACCAUAGAAAUUAGAAUGACUUGAAUUCUAUUUCUGUAUUUCUAUGAUCUCAACCAUCAUCACCACCCAGUCGCCACUACUGGUCACACACACGGAUCUAUGGAUCCACUUGUUAAAAAAGGUCAUCUCUUCACCUGAUCUCCUUUCUGUUUUUUCUACGAUAUUGAAUACAAUCAAUCCACAAGUUGAACUGAUACUAUUUUUACUUUACAGUUAAAAUAUAUUUUAAUAUCACUUUACUGUAAAUAGAGCGUAAUUGGCUAUGUUGCUUUGAGAGAAGAAAUGCCAUACGAUGCCAUGUUAUGAACCUUUUGCCUUAUGUGAUAUAAAUCUCAUGCAUUUAAUUGAUGUUGCACUUUUGAAUUCCAUGUUUUUCCUUCUAUGUUUAUGGUUAACUCUGCCCACCGUGGCGAUACUUGGUAAGCUAGAAAACCUGCACUGAUUAGAUAUACAGCUGAGGAUGUUAGUCGGAAAAAAUGAUGUAUAAUGUUAUAUUUCAUUUGUAAUUGAAUAAAGCCUUCUUGAAAACA